GCCGAAAGGUGUUCUUCCUAGGAAGACGCGUCGGAUGGGGGACGCGUCAAAGACGGGUGGAUUUUUCACACCUCAUCCUUCCGACCUCAACGCCCCCCUCCCCGCCGCUCACUGCACCUCUUAACAGCGCCGAUUGGGAGCGAGGAUAGUCCCAGCCAUGUCCAAAGCACCAGCAGGCGCCCCGCCCCCGCUCCCCACCCGCUCGUUCUCACCCACCAAGGCCAAACCCUCCAGCGCGAAAAGCCCGUCCAAACACGACAAAGACUCGACCGGCAAGGAGUUUACGGACAUCGUUGAUGGGUUGAAGAGUAUCUACAAGAACAAGAUCAGACCGCUGGAGCAGGCAUACAGCUUUGAGCAGUUCCAUUCGCCGUACCUCACCGAUGCAGACAUCGAAGCCAAGCCGAUCGUUCUUCUCAUCGGCGGAUACAGUACAGGCAAAUCGACGUUUGUGAAGCAUAUACUGGAUAAGGAGUAUCCGGGCCUGCAUAUUGGGCCGGAGCCGACGACGGAUCGCUUUGUAGCUGUGAUGGGCGGUGCCGAGGAGCGGAUUAUCCCGGGGAAUGCGGCGGCUGUGAGCGCGGAGAUGCCGUGGACGUCAAUACAACGGUUUGGGUCGCAAUUCCUGCAGAAGUUCCAGGUCUCGUUCGUCAACUCGCCCGUGCUCGAGAACCUCAUCGUCGUCGACACCCCCGGGAUUCUCUCCGGCGAGAAGCAGCGCAUCGGGCGCUCGUACGACUUCACCGGCGUCGUGGAGUGGUUCGCCGGGCGGGCGGACCUCAUCCUCCUCCUCUUUGACGCGCACAAGCUGGACAUCUCGGACGAGUUCAAGAAUGCGAUCAUGGCGCUGAAGGGGAACGAUGAAAAGAUCCGGGUUGUGCUGAACAAGGCGGAUAUGGUGACGGGGCAGCAGCUGAUGCGGGUGUAUGGCGCGCUGAUGUGGAGCUUGGGGAAGGUGCUGCAGACGCCGGAGGUGAUGCGGGUGUACAUUGGGAGUUUCUGGGACCAGCCGCUGCAGCAUUCCGACAGCGCGGCCCUGUUGACCGCCGAGCAACAGGAUCUGCUCAAAGAUCUCCGCCUGCUGCCCAAGAACGCGAUCGUGCGCAAGAUCAACGAGAUUGUCAAACGCACCCGCAUGGCCCGCGUGCACGCCCUCAUCAUCGCCCACCUGCGCAAAGAGAUGCCCUCGGUGUUCGGCCGCAAAGACAAGCAGGACGAGCUGCUGUCCAACCUCCCCGGCGAAUUCACAAAGCUCGAGCGCAUGCACGGGCUCACGCCGGGCGAUUUCCCGGACCCGGACCGGUUCCGCGAGACGCUGCAGAUGUUCAAGCUGGAAAAGUUCCCCAAGUUGGAUCGGAAGAUGAUGCAGACCGUGGAAGACGCCCUCGCGAACGAUUUCCCCAAAUUGAUGGCCGAGUACCCCUCGGCGCAACCCACCAUCGCCGCGCUGGAACGCAACCCGUUCGAAAACCCCGGCGAGAGUACGUCCGGCCAGGUGGACGAGAUCUGGCGGUACGAUAUGAUUGAUCGCCGGCCGUAUGUGGAGCAGUUCAAGGGGAUUGUGGGGAUCGACGGGAAGGCAUCGGGCGCGACGUGUAAGCCGAUGUUGGAAGGGACGGGCGUGGACAAGGCGGCUUUGGCAAAGAUUUGGAGGUUGGCGGAUUGGACGAAAGAUGGAUAUCUCGAUCUAGAUGAAUUCAUCGUCGCCAUGCACCUCUGCAACGUACUCAAGAAGCAAUGGGCUGCCGAGCUUCCCGACAUCCUGCCGCCAACACUCAUCCCAACUAGAAAGAUUUGAUCGUCCAAGCUGACAUGGGCGUCGCGCCCCAUCUUUGUGUAGAACUGCGAGACCUUCUUUGUAUCUAAUCUUUAUGCACUCGAUGAAGAACAAGGGGGAAGGAAGCAGGAAAUAAAUACGAUGUAUGAAAAAUAAAAUACGAAGAUUGUCAGCGAUAGCGAGGGAGGGCGGGGGGGAAAUAAAAACAGGUCUACCAAAACGCCGCUUCACACUACGCC